AUGGCCCGUUUUACUUCUGCUCUCUUCGCCUUCGCCCUCUUCGCCGCCGCUGUCGCUGUCCCCACCCCACAAGACGUCGAAUAUGUGCAAUGCAAUGGCGGUCAAGUCCAAUGCUGCAACGACGUUAAGGAGACCAAUCAGCUCGACGCCCCAUACAACCAGCUCCUUUCCGUCUUCGACGUCGACGUCAAGCAACUCACCGGCAAGGUUGGUUUGACCUGCAACACCGUCAAUGUUUUGGGUAUUGGCAGCAAUUCCUGCGACGCCCAAACUGUUUGCUGCACUGAUAACAGUUUCGACGGCAUCAUCGCCCUUGGAUGCACGCCCAUCAACAUCAAUCUUUGA